AUGGCUGACCAGCUGAAGAUGGGCAACCUUGCCCUGAACGACUCGCAGCACGCCCCUCAGAACGGCGGCUUCGAGCGCGCUGCUUACAUCCCGCCUCACCUGCGCAACAGGCCGCCGCCUGCCAUGGACGCUGCUCCCCCCAUGCCCAUGAACGGUGGCCCCCCGCCCGUGAACGGCGGCGGCGGCGGCGGCUGGGGUGGCAGAGGUGGUUACGGCGGUGCCCCCCGCGGUGGAAUGGGCGGUCGCGGUGGCUGGAGCAACGGCGGCUCUGGCGGCGGUUUCAGCGAUAGAGGUAGCCACAACAAUAUCCCCGCCGGAGGGUUCUGGAACAACCAGUCCUCGGCAUCUUUCGAUCCAACUGCUUACGGCAAACCCACAGGUGGCAACAGUGCCAGCAGCGCACGGGGUUCUGGUGAUGGAUCGUGGAAGGAUGGCAAGCACAUCCCCGGUCCUGCCAACCAACGUAUCGAGCGCGAGCUUUUCGGUGUCGCCAACGACCCCUCCAAGCAACAGACCGGCAUCAACUUCGAGAAGUACGAUGACAUCCCCGUCGAGGCGUCCGGCCAGGGCGUUCCCGAGCCCGUCUCCGUCUUCGAGAACCCGCCCCUCGACGACCACCUCAUCACCAACAUCAACAUGGCCGGCUACAAGGUCCCUACGCCCGUUCAGAAGUACUCGAUCCCCAUUGUCAUGGGUGGUCGCGACCUGAUGGCCUGCGCCCAGACCGGUUCCGGAAAGACUGGUGGUUUCCUCUUCCCCAUCCUCUCUCAGGCUUUCCAGAACGGCCCGAGCGCUAUCCCCCAGCAGGGUGGUGGCGUUGGCUACGGCCGCAGCCGCAAGGCCUACCCCACCUCGCUCAUUCUCGCUCCCACUCGUGAGCUGGUCUCCCAGAUCUUCGAUGAGGCCAGGAAGUUUGCCUACCGUUCGUGGGUCAGGCCGUGCGUCGUCUACGGUGGUGCCGACAUCGGUUCUCAGCUGCGUCAAAUCGAGCGCGGCUGUGACCUGCUCGUUGCCACCCCCGGCCGUCUUGUCGACCUGAUGGAGCGUGGCCGCAUUUCCCUCCAGAACAUCAAGUACCUUGUUCUUGAUGAGGCUGAUCGCAUGCUGGACAUGGGUUUCGAGCCCCAGAUCCGCAGGAUCGUCGAGGGUGAGGACAUGCCUCCCGUUGAUGGCCGCCAGACUCUCAUGUUCUCUGCCACCUUCCCCCGCGACAUUCAGAUGCUCGCGCGCGACUUCUUGAAGGAUUACAUCUUCUUGUCCGUCGGUCGCGUCGGUUCCACCUCCGAGAACAUCACCCAGAAGGUCGAGUACGUCGAGGACGGUGACAAGCGCUCUGUCCUGCUCGACAUCCUCCACACCGUCGGCACUGGCCUGACCCUGAUUUUCGUCGAGACCAAGCGCAUGGCCGACUCGCUCUCCGACUUCCUGAUCAACCAGGGCUUCCCCGCCACUUCCAUUCACGGCGACCGCACUCAGCGCGAGCGUGAAAAGGCUUUGGAAAUGUUCCGCAGCGGCCGCUGCCCGAUCCUCGUCGCCACCGCCGUCGCUGCUCGUGGUCUCGAUAUCCCCAACGUCACCCACGUUGUCAACUACGAUCUUCCUACCGACAUUGACGACUACGUUCACCGUAUCGGUCGUACCGGCCGUGCUGGUAACACUGGUAUCUCGACUGCCUUCUUCAACCGUGGCAACCGCGGCGUUGUUCGCGACCUCAUUGAGCUUCUCAAGGAGGCCAACCAGGAGGUGCCCUCGUUCCUGGAGAGCAUUGCUCGGGAAGGCUCCAGCUUUGGUGGCGGCCGUGGCGGCCGUGGUGGCCGUGGCCGUGGCGCUACCGCUACUCGUGAUGUUCGUCGCUUCGGUGGCGGCAACGCUGGUGGUUGGGGCGGCCCGCCCGCUGCUGCCGGUGGCUUCGGUGGCAGCUACGGCGGUGGCCCUGGUGGCUACAGCGGUGGAGGCGGCGGUAGUGCUGGCGGCUAUGGCGGUGGUUACAGCGGCGGCUACGGCGGUGGCUACGGCAACCCGUCUGGCUCCGGUGGCCAGUCUUGGUGGUAA